AUGCAAAUUGUUUGUUUGGGACUGCUUCUUUUCGGGGUGACCUGGGCAGCACCAACAUUUCAACCACAGACUGAGAAAACUAAGGAAGACUGUGUGGAAGAACAGAGGAUAACAUAUAAAGGCCACCAUGAGAAACAUGGGUAUUACAUGUUUAAGUAUGUUUACACAUCAUCUGGGAGGAAAAAUCAAACUGACAUGAAGCAGGAAGAAAAAAACAAAGACAGUAUUGGUCUUCACAAUUCUGGUAAGAGAAGAAAUCAAGAACCAACACCUAAAGAAAACAUUGUCCAGGAAAGACAGAAAAACUUGUCCACUGUUGGAGCCAAUGAAACUAAUCAGAGUAGCGAAACUCAAACUUCUUUUGAAAACAGACAGACAACAAAUGAAGACGAUAUUAUUAAUAACAAAGAAAAUUCCCAUAGUAACCAAAAGUUGUCCAUUUAUCCUGAGUCCACUGGGAAUAAUGGUGUUGAGGUUGGAGACAAUGUUAUCAGCAAAUUACGUGACCAAGAAGAAUAUGGUACAGCUCUUACCAGAAAUAAUAUGCAACAUAUAAUGGAGCCAGGGACUGUGACUAAACUCUUGGCAGAAGAAAACAAAGCAAAAAAACCCAAGAAUGUUCUAAGCAAAAUCCCAGCAAGUGUGAACUAUGUUAAAGCCCCCUCAAAAGAUAGGAAGAAUUAUCAAAGAGAUCCCCAAGCUCAGAACAUUCCAGUUAAAAGCCAAAGCACACGCCUUACUCAAUAUGACACUGACUAUCCAAAACAGCUUCCAAAGCUCAAAAAAAUCCCCAGUGAUUUUGAAGGCAGUGGUUACCCAGAUCUUCAAGAGAGGGGGGACAAUGAUAUCUUUCCUUUCAGUGGAGAUGGCCAACCUUUUAAGGACACUUCUGGUAAGGGAGAACCUAUUGGUCCCGACCUGAAAGGUACAGAUAUUCAAACUGAGUUGUCCGGCCCGAGUGAAGCUGAUGCAAGAGGACAAGGUUAUAAUGAGAUCCCAGAAAAAGAAGAAAAUGGCAGACAUGCCGUUGGAACCAGGGAUGAAACAAGAAAAGAGGCAAACACUGCUGAUGUAAGCCUAGUAGGGGAGGGCAGCAAUGACAUCAUAGGUAGCACCAACUUUAAGGAACUCCCUGGAAAAGAAGGAAACAGAGUAGAUACCAGCAGCCAGAAUGCUCACCAAGGGAAAGUAGAGUUUCAUUACCCUCAUCCACCCACAAAAGAGAAAAAAAAAGAAGGCAGUAGUGAUAUAGCCAAAAGUACUAAUUAUAAUGAAAUUCCAAAAAAUGGCAAAGGCAGUAGUAGAAAAGGCACAGAGCAAUCUAAUAGGAAUCAAGCAAUCUCAAAUGACAAACAAAGAAUUCCUGGUAAGGGCAAAAGUCAGGGCUGGCUCGUUCCUUCUCAAGAUCUAGAUAAUGACAUUAAAAAUGAAAUAGGUUCCCAUAAGGGCCUCAAUAAUGAGGGGACUAUAAUAACACAGAGGAGAAAAAAUCAUUAUGUUCCCCACAGACAAAAUUCUUCACGGAAUAAGGAUGUGCUGCGAAGGAAUGGCUCCUGGGGUUAUAGAAAACCCCAUUCCGGUAGAAGGUUUAGCCCCCCUAGAAAGCAUGACAGUAGUGACUCAUCUGACAGUGGCAGUUCCAGUGAGAGUGAUGGUGACUAGCCCACUAGAAGUUUCCAGUAGGAUAAAGGUUCGAAUCCCUAGUCAUCUGAUGUGACAAAAAAGCGGAGCUACCUGAGAGCAGACCACAUGGGGAAGGGCAGAGUGGAGAAUUGAGUAAGCCAAGAAACCUGGACUCCUCACGAGAUUUAUUGUUAUCUGAAUGCUCACAGUAAGAAAUUCAAAGUUAUGACACUUUUUUUAAAGAAGAAAAAUUAAUUAAGGACUUGUGGAA